CGCGAUACAGGAUAAUACCCUCUCCCGCCGCCAUCUUGUUUGUUGUUGUUGGCCCGCGGUUCAAUCAUGGCGAUGCAUGCUAAAGCGACUCCGCCACAGAUUCCCGACACCCGCCGCGAGCUCUCGGAGCUCGUCAAGAGGAAACAAGAGCUUGCGGAGACGCUGGUGAACCUGGAGAGACAGAUCUAUGCGUUCGAAGGCAGCUACCUGGAGGACACGCAGAUGUACGGCAACAUCAUCCGAGGAUGGGACCGCUAUCUAACCAACCAGAAAAACUCCAACAGUAAGACUGACAGAAGGAACCGGAAAUUCAAGGAGGCAGAACGUCUGUUCAGUAAAUCCUCCGUAACCUCAGUGGCAGCUGUGUGUGCUCUCGGUGGCGUCCCUGAUCACAUGAAUGAAAAACGCGAGGCAGGCAGCGGCACUGAGAGCGACGCGUCUCCGGACCUGCAGAACCAGGAGAACGAGCCGGGUCAGGAGGAGGCGGAGGAUGCAGACGGAGCACUGCAGGACCUGAAGCCUCAGAAAGCAGCAUCGUCCUCCAGCUCCACCAACACGGGCCACCACAGCAGUCACAAGAAACGCAAAAACAAGAACCGACACAGCCCCUCCGCCAUGUUCGAUUAUGACUUUGAAUUUGACAUGAAGAUGAAUAAAAAGCCCAGAGCGGAUUAUUCAGCCUGAUGCUGAAGAUGGAGUGUGUUUGACCUGGACUGUAUCCACCAUCCCCCACACACACACACACACACACACACACCUGCUCCGAUUGAUCCAGCUGCAGGCUGCGUUUAUUCCUCAUCACUCCCAUCAGCCGUUUACCGAAUCCUAGUGCACGUGUGAUUUUAUAAGCUCCCUCCUCUUCCUCAUCGUCCUCGCCGAUCGGUUUCGUACAUCGUCACGUCAGCGCACGCGGAUGCUCCGCCCAAUCCAUUUCACACGUGAACAUACCUCACCGCAUCGUUUUCUUGCGUAUUGGUAUAUUUUUAACGCUGUAUUUCCAUCGUGUCCGUAUUUAUGAUGCUCUAUUUUUUUUUAUUUUUAAUUUUUUAAAUCUUUUUUUUUUUUUUUUUUUUUUUUUUUUUUUUUUUUGGGAAAUGAAUUAUUUUGUAAGUGAAGAAAGGAGGAUCGUGUCGUCGUUUCCAUUGUUGGUUUUUACUCUGUGGAAAUAAAAACAUUUU